UCGUAUUGACUGAUAUUCCCCUAUGGCAAUAAAUCUCGUAUAUUUCAUAUUUUAAACUUCAAAAUUUUCAGAAUAAAGUAUUCAACAAAAGGUUAUUACUUACCCAAAUCAUAGAUAUUUUGUACCCAAAAGAAAAGAUAUUUGGCUAUUUAUGUAGUAGCCACACCAUGCGCGUAGGAGAACUAGUUAUAUACUAAUAUCAUGUUACAUUGUUUCUUCUAAUUAGAAAAAAAAUGAGAAAGAAAAUGGAUUUCCAUCAGGUCAUACUUCUCCUUCUUCUUGUUUUUCUUGUUGACAUAUCAGAUCGCAAUGUAAAAGCUAAUGCUAAUCACAACGCAACUGGUUACCAGAAUGGGACAUCAAAGUGUAACAUUUACGAAGGGGCUUGGAUUUAUGACAAAUCUUCUGGUCCUCUUUAUGGAACAUCGUCUUGUCCGUUUAUCGGACUAGAUUGCGAAAAGUUUGGUCGGCCGGACAAUAAGUACCUCCAGUACCGGUGGAAACCGACCGGAUGCGACAUCCCAAGUUUCAACGGACUAGAUUUCCUGACGAGAUUCAAAGGGAAGAAAAUACUGUUUGUGGGAGAUUCACUAAGCAACAAUAUGUGGUUGUCGCUAAGUUGCAUGCUUCACGCGGCCGUUCAUAACGUUACUUAUAAUUUCAAGCUCGAUAAGCUCUUCUCUACGUUUACCAUUCCGGAAUAUGGAAUAUCUGUAAAUUUCCUGAAGAAUGGGUUCCUGGUGGAUGUGGUAGGGGACAAAACAAGAGGAUUGAUAUUGAAGCUGGAUUCGAUCAGUACCGGAAACAUGUGGUUGGGUUCAGAUGUUGUUAUCUUCAACACUUUCCACUGGUGGGGUCACAGAGGUCGUGCUAAGACCUGGGGCUAUUUUCAAGUGGGAGACAAGAUAGUGAAAGAGAUGAAUAGAAUGGAAGCUUUCAAGAUUGCUUUAACAACUUGGGCUAAGUGGGUUGAUCAGAACAUUGAUCCUUCAAAAACUAGGGUUUUCUAUCAAGGCGUUUCUCCUGUUCAUCAAAAUGGGACUGAAUGGGGUGAACCUGGGAAGAGUUGCUUGGGAGAGACGGAGCCAGUGAAAGGAUCAAAUUACCCCCACACAAACGAAGGGGAGGAUAUAGUGAAAAGUGUGAUCCGAGGGAUGGCUAAACCGGUGAGUCUCCUAGACGUGACGGCUAUGACGGAGAUGAGAAAGGAUGGUCACCCUUCGAUCUAUGCCGGUGGAGGCAGUAGCUUAAACGACUGUAGCCAUUGGUGCAUCCCUGGAGUCCCAGAUAUAUGGAACCAGCUUCUCUAUACCUCUCUUCUCGGCAAUGUUUAGUGUUGUCUUGGAUGUCUAUUAAAAGAGAAAAAAGUAUUAUUCCGGAAAAAUAAAAGUUUUCAUGUUUCAGAUUUCUCUUUUCAUUAUUAUUUUCAUAUUUGGGUGCUAAAGGA